AUACAGAGAGAGAAAAUGGAGAUGGAGAUAGAUAGAGAGUAGUAGUAAGAGAGAGAAACACUUUACCACUUUUUUGUGUUGCAUUUUCACGCAUCUAUGGGAAGAAGGAAUACAAUAGGAUUAUCGAAACAAGAAGAAGAAGAAGAAGAUGAGAAAAUGAAGAAACUUCAAGAACCGCCAUUGAUUUGCAUGCAUUGAUUCAAGGUUAUAGCUCAACAAUCCCAGAUCCCUUGCUCUGAUUUCUCUUUUACUCGAUUUUCACAACUUUUGGUUCCUCUUUUUCAUCUGGGUUUUCUCAAAGAAAGAAGAAAGAAAAGUGGGUUUGUUUCAUUUUGAUGAAGGGAUGCCCUUAGUACCCCUUCUUGAUUUUGAAGGGAAGGGGGUGUUUUCUACAGAUUCAUCUUCAUCUUCUUCAUUUUACUACCAACCCUUUUCAAACCCAUAUCUUAAUCAUUGGGAUAAGGUUUGUAAUUUUGUUGAUUCAAUUGAAAGUCCUAGUCCUCCUACAUCUACAUCAACCCUGUCUUCUUCUUUAAUCGGAGAUUCUGCCGGUGUGGCGGCGGUUUCAGCUAAAAAAUGGCAGGAAACAACCAGUUCUAACGUUGGAGCUGAAUCAGGAUGUGGAAGUUCUGAUCUUCAUCAUAUCCAGCCUCAUCUUGAAAUUUCCGCCGCCGCCGACGGCGGCGACGGAGGUACUUCGACUAGGGUUACGGCGGUUGAGAAAUGCAGUCUGGGUAUGGAAGAUUGGGAGACUGUUAUGUCGGAUUCGGCGGCGGCGUCUCCGAGUCAAGAACAGUCCAUUCUUCGGUGGAUCAUGGGCGAUGUCGAUGACCCUUCUGUUGGGUUGAACCGGAUUCUCCAAUCUGGCGGCGCAGCAGCCGGAGGAACGGUGGAUUACGAAUUGGGUGGCGGCGGAUUUGGGUUUCCGGCGACCGGCAGCGGCGCGAAUUUGAUUGGAGGAAACACUCAAAAAUUCGGUUUGCCGCAAAACUUGAUGCCGAUUUCUCUCUCGCCGUCGUCGUUUAAUCCGCCGCCGCCGUCGUUUGAUACCGCCGAUAUCAAGCCAACGGUUUUCAAUCCACAGAAUCAGCAAAACCAAAACCAAAACCCAUCAUUCUUCUUCCCUAUGCCGUUUAAUCAGAACCAGAUUCUUCAACCUCAGGCGAAACGGCACAAUCCCGGUAUCCCCAGCUUUGAUUCUGUUAAUCUUCCCUAUUUCCCUCAAAACCAGAGGCCGGUGUCUUCGCCGGCGCCGGUGACGGCGAAAGGGGAAGAAAUCCUCGGAAAUCAGGCUAUAAUUGAUCAGCUUAUUAACGCGGCUGAGCUGAUUCAAACGGGGAAUUCAAUACACGCGCAAGGGAUAUUGGCGCGGCUCAAUCACCAGCUAUCUCCAAAUGGUAAGCCAUUUUAUAGAGCUUCUUUUUACUUAAAGGAAGCUUUACUCACUCUUCUUCAUGGAAACAAUCCAAACCAAGUUUCAAAUCCGUUUAGUCUUAUCUUCAAGAUCGACGCAUACAAAUCGUUAUCAGAGAUCUCCCCACUUCUCCAAUUCGCUAAUUUCACCACCAAUCAAGCAAUUCUCGAAUCAUUAGAAACUUCCAACAGAAUUCACAUCAUUGAUUUCGAUAUAGGCUAUGGCGGUCAAUGGGCUUCACUAAUGCAAGAACUAGCCUUAAGAAGCAACGGUCCACCCACUUUAAGAAUCACUGCAAUUGCCUCUCUUGGUUCAAGUUCAACACUCGAUCAUCACCAUCUCGAAUUAGGUCUAACCCGAGAAAAUCUAAACCAUUUCGCAAACGAAAUUGGUAUCCCAUUCGAAUUCGACGUCCAAACCCUAGAUAUAUCGAAUCCAACUCAUCUAUCCGAUGGCAAUGAAUCGAUAGCUGUUAAUCUCCCUGUUGGAGGCUCGUUUUGGAACAACAAUUCCUCGUCUCUCCCAUCGGUUCUUCGGUUCGUUAAACAGUUAUCUCCGAGGAUUGUGGUGUCGGUUGAUCGGGGAUGCGACAGGACUGAUCUACCGUUCGCCCACCAUUUGAUAAAUGCGGUCCAAUCGAAUUCGAAUCUUUUGGAGUCACUGGAUGCUGUUAAUGUUAACCUAGAUGUUUUGCAAAAGAUAGAACGGUUCUUAAUUCAGCCUUCUAUGGAGAAGAUUGUGAUGGGUAGGUUUCGUUCGAUCGAGAAGACUCCUCAUUGGAGAACACUUUUUUUGUCUAAUGGGUUAUCGCCUUUGUCGUUUAGUAAUUUCGCGGAAUCGCAAGCCGAGUGCGUUAUGAAGAGGACACCGGUUCGUGGUUUUCAUGUGGAGAAAAGACAGUCUUGUUCACUUGUUCUAUGUUGGCAGAGGAAAGAGCUUAUUUCAGCUUCAGCUUGGAGAUGUUGAUGAUGAUCAAAUGAAGGUGCUCUGUUUUCCUUAACUUCCCCCAAAAAAAAUUUAAAUAAAUGAUCUUUUAAUCCUUUUUUUCAUGUAAUUUGAAUUUCCUAAUUGUCUCCUUGGUUUAGAUGAAUUGUUUUCCAACUAUAGUUAACUGUAUGAUGGUUGGUGGGGAGGGGUAUUAUUGUCUUUUGCUGUUAAAUAUGCCACUCUUUUGUUAUCUAGUCAUCAUACAAAUGUCUUUUUUUGGUUAUCUAUUAUCUAGAUGCAUGGCGUUUGACGAAUUGAAGACAUGGUUAAUGUUCA